AUUUAGUUUAUUUAAAUUUUAAAUCAAUAUAAAGAGAAUGUAUUGUCCGCACAAAAACUCUUACCUCCAGCUCACAUGCGCGGUGAAUCCCCGCGUCAUCAACGCGGCGGUGGACCGUGCUAUGCAGGUGAAGAAGUACGAUCCUCAUACAGAACUACCACCAGCACAACGCCUAGAAUCAAUGCAACCAUCACUAUUCGCGCCGCACGUCGACAUCACGCGCGCCACGCUCGGCUUCGGCCGUACGGGGCUGCGUUUACUUGUUAGAGACUUGCACUCUCCAGACCCGUUAAUUCAACUGCAGGCUAUACACAGCGUGCUCGAUCAGGUACAAAUAUCGGAGAACGCAAUGUUUUUGAUCGACCAACACGUAGCGCAUCGCCUCGUAGAUUUGAUGCUCGAAAGGAAUCCUGUCAUCGGGGAGAAGGUCUGCAACAUCCUAUCACAUCUCGCCAACUACUACCAAGGCAGGACACAUAUCCUCACCAGACCUGUCAUCAUCAGUAACCUAAUGUGGCUCCUUAUGAGAGGAAGGAAGGAAGUUAGAUACGCAGCAGGACAUACUUUAUGCACUUUAUCUAGACAUCUCUGUUGUUGCGAAGCUCUCAUGAAAGAAAAUGAAAUCAUCGAGAAUCUUCUGAAGAUGAUACGAAACGAUCAUGUUGGCAUUGUUCUUCUUUUAUUAGAGACUUUGAUGCAUUUAACCGAUUGGGAUCCUGAACCACCAUUGAAAGCGAACGCAUUCCAAGUUAUGUUGGCACUAUUCAAUCACGAGGAUCCUAGGAUAGUCGCAUCUUCAAUGGAUUGUAUGGCCAAAUUAUGCUGCCAUAGUAUCGGGAGAGAAUUAGCUGAUAUAUACGAUAUAACAUUUGUACUCAAACCUUAUUUGACUCGUACGAUUAAAGUGAAGAUAAGUGCGGUCGGUCUUAUGCAAUAUACAACAUUGACGACUAGAUCAAAAUGGCGUGCUAAAGAGAUAUGUUACGGUCUGACAAAGAUCCUCGUAUCAUUAUGUCAAUAUACGAAUAGCCCUAUCCUACAAUUGCGAGCUAUGCAAGUAUUGAUUAACUUGUGCGAUUGUCCCGACAUACGUUACUAUAUGAAGACGCAUUGUGAGAGAAAGGUGAAGAAAAUAACUAUAGGUUGUAUAGAACUAUGGGACGGUACUGAUGAAUUAAGAACUUACGGCUUAGAUACGAGAAUCAGAAGUAAAUCAUUUGAAAAGAUAACUGAACAUUCUAAUGUAGUUAACUUAUACACUUACAUUAGAAGAGUUAAUGCCACAAAAGAGCAAUUACUUCGAUCAAUUAAUUGGAAGCCGUAUGAAUAA